UUAGACUUCUAACGUUACUUUCUUUUAGGGUUUAGAAUUUGUGAGCUUGGGCUUAAAUAAACUCUGCAGUCUGCUCCAUACAGAAUUUCGAACCCACGAAUUCUACUUCGACAAUGGAGAAGAAGAAGCUGCUAAUUUUGUACGCCUCACAAACAGGCAACGCAAUAGACGCGGCUGAAAUAUUACAGCGCGAAGCAACGCGGAGGUGCUGUCGCGUCACUCUUCUCUCUAUUGAUCAAUUCGAUGCUAACCAUUUACCCAAUGAGGAGAACAUUGUUUUUGUUGUUUCCACCACGGGCCAGGGCGAGCCACCGGAUUCAAUGAAGACAUUCUGGACAAUUCUCUCGCGUAAAGACCUUGGACCUGAUUGGUUGAAGGGAGUUCAUUAUGCAGUGUUUGGACUGGGGGAUUCAGGCUAUAAGACGUACAAUUAUGUUGCAAAGAAGCUCGACAAAAAGUUAUCUUGUUGUGGGGCAGUGGCAAUUGUGCAAACGGGCCUUGGAGAUGAUCAAAAACCCUUAGGGUACGAGGGGGCUUUAGAUCCCUGGAUGUCUUCCUUAUGGAAGUCUUUGUAUCAAUAUGAUCCUAAUUUACUUCCAAAAGGCCCAGAUUUUACUGGAAAUGCGAGCUUAAUAGAUCAGCUAAAAGCUCAAGUUACAUAUCAUGAACUUGAUGACUUGCAUUCAGAAUUUCCAGCAAUUACAGAUAUGGAGUACCUCAAAAAUCAAAUUGAGAGAGCUCACUUGAUGUCUACCAAUUCAUUUUCUAAAAAGAAGGCUCGACCUCACUGCAUAUUACAAGUGAUAAAUAACAACCCGCUGUGCAAAGAUGUACACCAAUUGGAAUGUGAAGCUGUUUCAUCCUUGUCUCCGCAGUCUGGCAUGUAUGAUGUAGGUGAUGUUCUUGCUGUUCUUCCAGAACAAAGUCCCGCAGCUGUAGAUGCGUUUAUUAAGCGUUGUAAUUUGAAUCCUGAAUCUUACAUUACAAUUCAUCUUAAAAAUCAAGGUCAUGAUGCCGUAAAGCCACCCAUCAGAUUAAAAUCAUUCAUUAAGUUUACGAUGGAUGUUGCAUCAGCUUCCCCCAGGCGCUAUUUCUUUGAGGUCAUGAGUUUCUUUGCCAGCACUCAGUCUGAGAAGGAAAAGCUACAGUAUUUUAUAUCAGCAGAAGGCAGAGAUGCUUUACAUAAUUAUCAGAAGGAACAAAAAUCUGUUUUAGAGGUAUUAGAAGACUUCCCAUCUGUACAAGUACCAUUUGAGUGGUUGAUUCAGUUGGUUCCUCCACUGAAAACAAGGGCUUUCUCUAUUUCUUCCUCCUGUUUAGCUCAUCCCAAUCAAGUACAUAUAACAGUUAAAGUAGUAUCUUGGAGGACACCUUCCAGUAAGAAACGUGUUGGUCUCUGCUCAUCAUGGCUUGCUGGACUUGAUCCUCAACAUAAGGUAGCAAUCCCAGUGUGGUUCAAGAAAGGUUCUCUUCCCUCUCCAGAUCGAUUAGUCCCUCUCAUUCUCAUUGGACCGGGAACUGGUUGUGCACCUUUUCGCGGAUUCUUGGAGGAAAGAAAAUACCUAAGCAGCUUCGGUGCAACAGCACCUGUUCUAUUCUUCUUUGGUUGCCGAAAUGAGGAUGAUGAUUUUCUGUACAAAAAUUUCUGGUUGUCUCUUUCAGAAAGCAGUGGAAUACUUUCAGAAGAUAUGGGUGGAGGCUUUUAUGUUGCCUUCUCUAGGGACCAGCGCGAAAAGGUUUACGUCCAGCAUAAGAUGCGGGAACAGAGCGCUAGGGUCUGGAAGUUGCUUCAUGAUGAUGAAGCUACAAUAUACGUUGCAGGUUCUUCUAUAAAAAUGCCGUCUGAUGUGUUCUCGGCCUUUGUGGAUAUUAUGUGCAAAGAAGGAAAUAUGGCAAAAGAAGUUGCUACAAGGCUUCUUGAGCAAAUGCAAGAGGCUGGUAAGUAUAAUGUGGAGUCCUGGUCUUAAAUUUUUUGUCGGAGAAUGCCAACAACUUGGGUAGAUUGUAGAUUUCAGUUUUAAUUUUGUCAGUGUUCUUAAUUGCAUAGAUAGUCCAUGUGAGGCUCCAGAUUCUCGCUUGUCCGAAAUUUAUUAGAAAAACACGUGCUAUUUGACUGAUUUAUAAGUUUGCGAUUCAAGGAAGCACCAGGACCUAAUCUGAAUCCAAUUAAUCAAAUUCUUCAAUAUGAUAUUAUGGUUCCUAUGUCACUUUGUUGCUUAUGUAUAGUCAAUAUCUUAUGUAAACAGAAGUGUUUACCCUUUUUCUCUAUAUAAAUUUAUAAUGUUACAGUAACAUGUUUUAA